AUGGCGUCCAGCAGAUAUGACUUGCGUGAAAAACUGUUCAUGCUUGGUGAUGUUGAAGCUCAUAUUUUGGGCAAUGAAUUGCCAACCCAAAAACAAGUGCUAAAAGUGCUUUUGUUUAACACGCGAAAACUAAAACUUCCACUUAGACAAAGUGCAACGCCUGAUGACAUGUUGCGUGAAUUGGAACCGGAGAAAUUGGAGUUUCUCAGCAAUCAACGGACGCCACAACAAACAGGUUUCAUUGGUAACAUUGAAACUGUUAUGGAUAGUUUAACGUCUGAAGAUUUAAAUCGAAUUGUUGAAGAACGAUUAAAUGCGCAGCGUCAAACAGAAAGCAGUAACAUCGAUCCAAUGGUGCAAUUAGUUGGGAGUAGCGAUAGUAAUCCUACAGAUAGUCAAGGCAGCUCUUACUCUGCGGAAAUGGCAAUUGCUGGACCGUCAAACCCGAAAAGGAGUCGCGGAACUAUAAAUGUUUUUGAAAAUGAAAAACUCGUAUCGACGUUGGACAAAUGCCGGGUUUCCGAAAGAGACGCUUCUCGACUUGUGUGUGCCGUAGCUGAAGCCCUGAACGUCGACACAAAUACACUUACGCUCAGCAAAUCAGCCAUCAACGUUUGCCGAAAAAAAAUACGCGAAAAACUUGCAGAUAAAAUCAAAAAACACUUGACUGAAACUCCACUUCACGCUACGGUACUCCAUUGGGAUGGCAAGUUGAUCCAAGAACUUUCAAAAAGUAAAAAAGUUGAUCGCUUGCCAAUCAUCAUUUCUGAUGGUGAAGUUGAGAAAAUUCUCGCAAUCCCGCCGUUAGAAAAUGGAACAGGCUUAGCUCAAGCCACGGCGAUAAACGAGGUUCUUCAGGACUGGGGUUUAUCAGAAGCUAUAAAAGCUCUAUGUUGUGACACAACUGCCUCCAAUCUUGGCGUCCGAAAAGGUGCUGCAAAACAAUUGGAGUUGAUGUUAUCAACAGACUUGUUGUACCUUCCAUGCAGACACCACAUAUUCGAAAUAGUUUUGAGUGGAAUUUAUGAUGGGGAAAUGGAAUCUUCAACUGCACCUUCCAUCCAGAUGUUCAAAAAUUUUCAAUCGGAGUGGAAGAACAUCAACCAACAAAACUACCUUCCUGGAACUGAAGACAAGCGAGUUGCAGCGAUAUUAGAGAAGCAUGCUGAUGCGAUCGAAGAAUUCAUCAAAGAGCAGUUGAAUUCAAAAAAGCAACCGCGUGACGACUAUCGCGAAUUGCUCUUGCUUUCUUUAUUCUUCAUGAAUAGAUUACCCCGCGAACAGAUCAAAUUCUAUAAGCCAGGUGCUGUUUCACGUGCCCGUUGGAUGGCAAUAUAUUGCUUAAAGAUUUUCCUGUUCCGCGAUCAAUUCUGCUUGACUGAUGUUCAGUUGAAGUCGAUAACUGAGAUUUGUCUUUUUAUUGUGAUUGUUUACAUUCGAGCCUGGUAUACCGCUCCUUUAUCGACUUCGGCCCCGAAUAACGAUUUGAAAUUUGUUCAGGCACUCUUCAAUUAUGAGGAAAUCAACGUAAAUGUUUCAAAAAUUGCAAGAAAAAAAAAUUGCGCACACCUUUGGUACUUGAGUCCGGAGGCGGUAUCGAUAGCGUUCUUUGAUGAGCAAAUUCCAGAAGACAUUAAAAAGAAAAUGGUGGAGAAUUUGCGAAUCGAUACCGCUUCUGAAAACGAUUUUUCGGAAAUAGUCUUGCCAAAAAAGAUCCGGCAACAACGCCUAGCCACGCCAUUGGUCAACGUCAUUCGCUCCCAGCCCGAGUUUUCGGCGGUCGCGAGCGCAGUGAUCAGUCUUCGUUCACCGUUUCGAUCGUCAGAGUUUAUUAUGAACUCUGCUAAAUCCACUAGCACUAAAAAAAGAAAGUACAUGGGAGAGUAUAUUAGGUACGGGUUUGCAGUUAUGGUAAAGGAUGGAGUGGAUUGUCCACAAUGUGUUUUAUGUUAUGACGUUCUUAGUAUCGACGCUAUGAGACCUACACGCCUUCAACGACAUUUAUCUACAAAACAUGGUGCACUAAAAGAAAAACCUAAAAAGUUUUUUCAAGCUAAGGUUCAAAAUUUAAAACGUAUGAAGUUAGACAAUACUGGUGAAUUUUCUCAAGUAAAUCAAAAAGUUGUGGAAGCCUCAUAUGAGUUUGCGCUGCUUAUUGCAAAAGAAAAAAAGCCUCAUACUCUUGGUGAAACGCUCAUUAAACCUUGCCUUUUAAAAGCUGCUGAUGUUCUUCUUGAUUCCAGAAGCAAAACAAAGCUUUCGCAAAUUUCACUUUCGAAUAAUACAGUUAAACGUCGUACUCAUGAAAUGGCAGAAGAUAUCAAACUUCAAACGGUGGAAACUUUCAGAAAAUCGCCUUUUUUUGCAAUUCAGUGUGAGGAAAGUACCGAUAUAGCGCAAUGUUGUCAGCUAAUGGUAUAUGUGCGCUUUAUUUAUGAUGGUGCUAUAACGGAAGAGAUCCUGUUCUCACAGGAGAUGAAAACGACUUCAAAAGCUGCUGAUGUUAUGAAUGCAAUUUCUGAAUUUUUUGAAAAAUAUAAUAUUUUAUGGGAAAAACUUGUUGGAGUGUGCACAGAUGGUGCUCCUUCGAUGCUAGGAUCGCGUUCUGGAUUUGUUACAUUAUUAAAAAAUAAAAAUCCCAAUAUAACAGGAAUUCACUGUGUUAUACAUCGACAAGCUCUGGCGGCUAAAACGCUUUCAAACAGCUUUAACGAAGCAUUAAAUAUAGCUAUUAAAGUUGUUAGUAGGCACUAUUUUAUAAAAAAUAGUGCCUUAAACACCAGGCUUUUUGAAACUCUUUGUUCUGAUUUGGGUUCAGAACAUAAAAAGCUUUUAUUCAAUACGGAGGUACGCUGGCUUUCCAAGGGAAAUAUGUUAUCCAGACUAUUUGACUUAAGGGCGGAAGUACAGCAAUUCCUUAGACAACAAAAAAAGGAACAAAUAUUGGAAGCGUUUGCUGAUGAGAAUUUUCAAAUAAAAUGA